AUGCUACCCGGACCCUCCUCGAAACUCUGCUCUAACGAAAGCAUUCUUGCCUCGCCUGAAACUGGCGUAACAGCAAAUAGUUCGGGAGAUGAAGCGCUGGAGCCUUACGCGUUGCACUCUGAUGACUCUGAUGACCAAGAUGCUCCUCCAAACACGCCAGGUACUUCAAUACAUGCGCAAGCCCCCAAGCCCCCCCGAAGCAAUAUCCGACCGAUCAAUCCUCCAGAAACCAAUUCGCCCGGCAUAAUCUUCAUGCGAGAAACCCCAGAUAACCACGGAGAGGUUGAGAUCAGAGGCCCGGUCAACGUGGACAAAAUCUUCGGCGACGGUAGUAGCCGAGCAGCCGCCGCGAGGCGAAUAUUGCGUAACAUAUCAUGGUCUGCCGAUGAACAAUUGUUGGAACCCGUCCCGAUUUCUGCCACGGACAACGUCACGUCGCUCAGGUCACCUUCACCAACUCGAGCUUCUCCCAGCAUCCCAGCAACUCCAGCUUGUGUGGGUGAACCCUCGGCUACCAGGGGCCAUUGCCCAAUAGGCCUAUCAUCACACACAAGCCCGACUGACCUCGAGCCCGCGGAACGAUCGCAAACCAAGAUGUGCCCCAGCUUACUUCGCUCAGAAAGCUCGUCCAGCUCUGAUCUCUCAAGUCUACCCAGCACUCCACCACCUCCGCCUGAUAGGAGUCGCAAAAACGAUUUUCUAAAGAGGCAACAAAAUCCAAUCCCGCCAGUAGCCACCGAGCCCGAUGAAACAGGACAAUACGAAUCAUCAAGCUGCCAUCAAUGCCGUGCCAAGACUACCCGACCCAAGAUGAUUUGUGAUCAAUCCCAGAAUCCUAACUGUAUCAUCCGAGUGUGCAAUCGCUGCUUAAUCACACGAGACUCUUACGACGGCGUACCUGAGCUUCGGCCUCCGAUAUUUGAAUUCGGCAAGAAGAAGGAAUUAUUGAAAAAGAAACAAAUACAAAAAAAGACCAUCCUCAGUAAACCAUCUGGCUACGGCACCGGCCUGUGUGAUUCGGCACAAGCCAAACGCGAACGACCUUCAGCAGCCCCUCCAGCUGCCCGAAAGAGGAUGAAAAAACAUGAGGCAACCGCUUUGGACGAUAUCGUCUGCUUGGACCAACCUCCGCAAAAUUCUGCCGGCAGCUCUAGUCGAAUUGCGCCUGUCAAGCGGUAUAUCCUACCCGCUGGUGUGGACAGCUUUCAACUUCCAGCGAAUAUGUACAGCCACUCGAGCCAGAGGUCGACUGCAAUCCAAGUAGGUCCCGCUACCUCAAGAGCGUCGAUGGCUAGGGAUUCCGCCGCACCAAAGCCGGGACGAGGCCGUCCUCGAAAGGCCAAGCCUUGCGGGAAGCAGCUUGUAAAUCAAACUCUCCCCCCUCAGGCGCAAGCUAAGAUCGAGCACGGCAUGGACAACACGCUGAUGAAUCAACUCCUCCAGUCCAACAACCGAUUAGCAGAAGCCGCAUCCGGCAUGGCUUCGAUCCUGCAAAACCAAGAGAAUCCCCCGGACUCGACGACAUCCGAGGAUAGCUUGUUUGAGCUUGCUCGCCCAUCCAGAUGCGCCUCGAUCACCGCCCCGUACGGCUUGAACGCCGUCCUUGUCAGGGGGAGAAUCGGCACCCUUCUUACCAUCUCUGCCGCUUUCUUCAUCAGAACGCUCGCGGGCAUCAGCACUCCAUCUUUAUCUUUGAUCGGAACAAACGGCUCGGUGAUUGACCCUAUGGAACGACCGGCAAAAGUUCGCACCACUGGAUCGGAUUCAGGCAGGCUCUUAUGA